CGCGAAAGUGGAUUGUAUUUUCUGCGAUAUGUGAUAUAUGUUUUAAUAACAAAGAUUUUUCAAAGAAAAUGUGAAAAGAACAUAUGUGAAUACUAUUACAGUUCACCAGAUAUAGAAAAAUUAGGAAUUGUGACUUCAAAAGCUGAAUGGGAUAUUGAAAAACCUUUAGACUUUUCAUGCAAUCCUGAAUAUUCACAUGAUAAAGUAUUAUUUUAUUCUGGAAAUUCUAAUGGAGACUGCUUUAUGGUUCAUAUUACCAGAAAGAAUUCCUGUUUAGGAGAAGUCUCUCUGUUUUUGAAACUUGCUAACAAAGGAUGUUAUGAGUUACCAAUUCAUCCUAAUAUAGAUACUGUUUUAUAUGAUUUGAGAGAUUUCUCUGGAAAUGGCCUUGAAAUAAAAUGUUUAUCACCUUUCAGAAGAUGGAGAAUUUCAUAUAAUGGAUUACUCAGAGAUAUCAGCGACCCAAAUGACUGUGGAAAACAUGUUAAAUUUUCAUUUGUUUGGAUGCCUGUGAGUGCUGUUACUGAUCUUCAGACAAAUUACAGCUCUUAUUUAUUAGCAGAAUCAGUUUUGAAAAGUGGUUGGAAGAUUUUUGCAAAUUUUAAUAGUGUGCUUGAACAAUUAAAUUCAUAUGAUCAUUGGGGAGAAAGUAUUGGAACAGUGAUUAUCGACAAUGAUCCUGAACAGGAAGUGUAUUUGUGGGGAAUUAGAAGGCGAAGCAGGAAUACUUAUAAUUGUAAAGAUACAAGUUAUGGAGUGAAAUUCUAUGGCUAUUUAUUGGUAUGCUUUAUAAAAUAAUUUAAUCUUAAUUUUUUGGCACUUGUGGCUUAUCCUCAUAUAUGUUGUGUCAUGUCACUUUUCAUUUUCAUGUAUCUGUCAUGCUCUAAGAUUAAGAUUAAUUUA